CGCGCGCGCCAUGUUCGCGGAGAUGAACCGGCGGACGCUCGCGUUCCGCGGCGGCGGCCUGGUCACCGCGGCGGCGGCGGCGGCCGGCGGUGGGGCCGGCGGCGGCGCGGCAGAAGCCUGGGACCGGCAGGACCCCGAGCCGCCGAAUGGGCGCGGGGCGGACGAGGAAGCGGAGCUGGAGGGACUGGAGGCCGAGGAGCUGGACGCCGCCACCGCCGAGAAGGAGCUGCUGCUGCCUCAGGACGCCGUCUCGCCCCCCGCCGCUGGCCCCAUGUUCGCCGAGAGAAACCGCCGGACACUGGCCUUCCGGGGCGGCGGGGGGGGGCUCCUCGCCGCCCCCUCCGCGGCCAACAAUGGCUGCGAAGCCUCGGCCUGGCCGCGGAAGCACUUCAAUGGGCGGGGGGCGGACGAGGAGAUGGAGCUGGAGGGCGCGGAGGGCCUGGAGACGGAGGGCCUGCUGGAGGGGAAGGAACUGGUCCAGGACGGGGGCUCCCUGAGUGACAGCAGCGACGACGAGGAAGACGGCGAAGCGGGCAGCUUGGGCGACGGCAGCGGCGCCGAGGGCGGCAGCUGCAGCAGCAGCAGGCGGUCGGGGGGCGACGGCGGGGACGAGGCGGAGGGCAGCAGCGUGGGCGCGGGGGAGGGGGAAAGCAUCAAGCACUUCCCGCUAGCCAGGCCCAAGUCCUUGCUGCAGAAGCUGCACAUCUCCUUCCAGGGCUCCUGGCUCAAGGAGUUCCCAUGGCUCUACUACUGCCAGGAGACCGGCCUCAUGUCCUGCGCCUGGUGCACCGCCGCGGCCGCCGCCGCCGCUCCUCCCGAACUGAUCAUGGCCGGCGGGGCCCUGCCCGGGGGGCACGACGAGCUCUGCAAGGGCACCCGCAACUACAAACGAACCCUGCUCCUGCGGCACCACCUCUCCGCCGAGCAUCGCCUCAACGAGCCCGUCAGCGCCGAGCAGGAGUCAGAGUUACCAUCAGAACUGAAUAAUGAAGGAUACUGUGAUUUUAACAGCAGGCCAAAUGAGAACUCUUACUGCUAUCAGCUCCUGCAAGAGCUCAACGAGCAGAGGAAGAAAGGCAUUCUUUGUGAUGUUAAUAUUGUGGUGAGCGGGAGGGUCUUCAGAGCUCACAAGAACAUCCUGGUUGCAGGCAGCCGCUUCUUUAAGACUCUGUAUUGCUUUACAAACAAAGAAAGCCGUAACCAAACCACUGUUACCUAUUUAGAUGUUGUUGCUGUUCAAGGUUUUUCUGUCAUCUUGGACUUCUUAUAUUCUGGUAACCUCGUGCUUACGAGCCAAAAUGCCAUCGAAGUGAUGUCGGUAGCCAGCUACCUUCAAAUGACGGAGGUUGUCCAAUCCUGCCGCAACUUCAUUAAAGAUGCCUUAAACAUAAGUAUAAAAUCAGAAGCUCCAGAGACCGUUGUAGUGGAUUACAACAGAAGAUCUGUUAGUAGGGAUGGUUUGUCUCCAAGGGAUCAGAAAGUUGCCAGCUUCUGGGCAACGCGAAACCUUACCAACUUGGCAAGUAGCAUAAAAACUGAGAACGAUGGUUACUCUAUUGAUGAGGGCCAAAUGGAAAGCUACCAAAUGAAUGACUGCAGUUGGGUCCAGGACAGCUCACCUGAAAUGGCUGAAAAUGAAUCUCAAGGUGAGGGAAAAGUUUUCGUAUGGAACGACAUGGGCGCACAGGGACAAUCAGUUCAAGAACCUGGAAAAGCAAGAAGGAAAAACCAAACUGCAAAGAGAUUUAUUUAUAAUAUACCACCUAAUACUGAAGAGAACUCAGAAGAUUGUUCAGUGUUGCAACCGUCAAUCCCGUACCCAGAAGAAGAUUUGUCAUUUAUUAAAGAAGAAGCAGGUACUUCAAGUGACUUCAAGUACGGUCUGCUGCCCGGUACUUCAACUGACUUCAAGUAUGGACUGCUGCCGGGUACUUCAAGUGACUUUAAGUAUGGACUGCUACCGGGUACUUCAAGUGACUUCAAGUAUGGACUGCUGCCAGAAUCUUGGCCAAAAGACGCCUGGGAAAAUGGCGAUUCCUCUGCUUUAAUCAUGAACAAGUUGAAGUGUCCACACUGUAAUUAUGUAGCCAAAUACAGAAGAACACUAAAGAGACACUUGCUCAUUCACACAGGCGUGAGAUCUUUCAGUUGUGACAUAUGUGGGAAACUGUUUACCCGAAGAGAGCAUGUAAAGAGACAUUCCUUGGUGCAUAAAAAGGAUAAAAAGUAUAAAUGUAUGGUGUGUAAGAAGAUUUUCAUGCUAGCAGCCAGUGUUGGAAUAAGACAUGGAUCACGACGUUAUGGAGUUUGUGUAGACUGUGCAGAUAAAUCUCAGCCUGGAGGGCAAGAGGGAACAGACCAGGUGCAGGACACAGAUUUCCCUCGGGAUGAAGAAUACGAGGAAAAUGAAGUGGGAGAAGGUGACGAGGAGCUUGGUGACGAUGUGGAAGAACAGAACGACCAGUCUCGGUGGGAUGAAUCUGCAGAAGUUUGUAUGCCUUUGGAUGACUGACGGAGCAAUAUGGCUUCAGAAGGCUGCCGACGGACACUACGUGGAUUGACUAUUGGAGUUUUUGGACUGAAGGCUUGCAAAAUAUGGUACAGGCUGGAUGGUAGUUGUGUUGCUGUGAAAAAUGUAGGGUCAAAGCCUUAUAGCAAAAAAGGAUUAUUAAUUUUUUUAUUAUAUUUGCACAGGACUGUACAGCAUACAACCAUUUGGUUGAAUUAUACAGAGUCCUCACAUCUACAGUCAGUUAUCAAAAGAAAAAUGUAUUUUUUAUUAUUUAUAGGAUAUAGCUACUUGGGUCCUAUUCAGACAUAGUAGUAACUGUACUUAUGUUAACACAUUCAUGUGUCUGUUAAUAUGAAUGAAGAAAACUGCAACUUGGUAUGGAAGUACAAAGACGGCUUUCCCAAAUCCACUUGUACUUUGUCAGUGAACCAGUGAAGCUAAUUGGGGCUAGUGGCUCUUGUUUCCACAAGUAUGUCUUUGCCAUACAAACCUUACCUCUCCCGUACUCUGAUAGGUUGAAAGCCAGUCAUUUAAAUAUGCAUCACAGGUAAUGCCAACACCAUAUUUCAAUAUGGUUUUAAAACUUUAGAGUCUAUGCUGGCAGGUGGUAUGGGUGAUAAGCACUGGAGAAGUUAAUAAUGGCAUUAAUUUAGCGUAUAUUUCUUCACAGUUUUGAAUUUUCAAGAAUGUUGUUAGCGGUUUGUCAUUUCCAAAAUGAUCUCGCAGAAGAAAUGACCAAUAAUGAAAAUAACGGACUGAUCAGGGCAUGGGUAACUCUUCUGGCAUUUAGUCAAAAAGAAAUAGUUGUGCUGAAGGGUAUUUGAUGUAAUAAUGUUUCCUCCUUCCUCUAAGGUCCCCCUCCUCUCAGACUUUUUUGACUUCCCUGGUGUAUACCUCAGCCCCACAGAAUAAAAAUUCAAGGAAUGGAGAAAGUGUCAUAUUAAACAACUUUUUGGUUGGUAAUUUCUUACUUGUCCGGUUUUUGGCUAGUUUGUGAUGUGAAUUGGACACUAGGCUGUUGUGCCCAUGGUUCGUCAUUAAAAUGAACACAAACUAUUUUUUAUUCUUUUGUACUUCCUGGGUUGUUGCUAGUGUUUAAUGUAACCAACUACAUUUAACUUGUUGACUUCAUUUGCUGGAUUUUUUUUUUAAAGAAAAACAGUAAGUCCAAAGCAAAAUAAUGCUCUUUUGAGUUGUCUGCUUUUCAGGGUGAUAUGCUCCCUACGCUCUUUACUUCAAAUUUUCUAGGAGGCAUUGAAACUUGAAUUUUUGUAGCCAUGUGGAUUUUUUUCCUAAGCUUACAAUACUGUACCAAUGAUUUCAGGCCUCUUUCUUAGGGAGGGGAGGGCAUUACACCUUCAUCUUAAACUCCUGUGUGUUGCCUAGCCUAAGGCAAAUCAAUUCAGGCAAUCAUUGGAACAAUACAUCUAUGUAUGUCACAACAAGUAAAUAUGCAGAGCAUUUAUCAUGACACAUAGCUAGGCCAGUGUGAUAGUACUGUAUAAAAACCAAUUGAGGGUCACCGUAUUUUUCAGCUUUGUUAAAUUUUAAAAUGAAUAUAUUUUUCCUUAUUUUAUAUUGGGUAACUAAAUUAUGCUAGUUGUGAGGAUGACUUUGAACUAUGCUUUGACGGACAGAAUCUUAAUGGUGCUCCAUCCGAUCCAAGUUGGUAUGUAUUUAAAGAGACAAGCUUUACUGUUGUCCUUCACAUCGAUAGGACAGUAACGUGUCAAGACAUUGUUUUUGCUGAUUGAAGCUGAGAUAAGUUUGAACUACAGUUAUAUGGGAAUUAAAAUGCUUUUUUUUAUCGUCCACUUGUUUCAUUGGUAGUUUCCACAUCAUUGUAAACCUGACAGACAAUUAGUUUUUUGUGAAAGG